GUUUAAGUUAAGCGCUUAAAUUUAAAAAAAUCGGGAAAAGUGAAGGAAAACCACAAUUCCGCAACUUUUUAGGGGUCAACCAAAAAAAUAUAAAUUUAAUCCCAGUUGAAAGUGUCUGAGCCGCAGUCUGAGUGUCGUCUCAAAGUUGAGUGAGUGAGUUUUCGCGGGAAAAAAUCGUGGAGUUAAAAGUUUUCUGGAGAAUUGCAAAAAGGUGAAAUAAAAAAAGAAGGAGACUAGAGUAAGCCAUCAUGAACACGUCACUCAGAAUUAGCUUAUCGUCGGCGGCACUGCUCGUGCUGGCCGUCUGGCUCAAUCUGGUCGGAGACGUGUCAACAUUCCAGCCGGAUUUCGCCGAGCCAAUCAUCAACAUCUCGGUCGCCAUCGGACGGGACGCGACGUUCACCUGUCACGUACGGCAUUUGGGCGGCUACCGGGUGGGCUGGGUGAAGGCGGACACCAAAGCCAUCCAGGCGAUCCACGAGAACGUCAUCACGCACAACCCGCGGGUGUCGGUGUCGCACGCGGACCAGAACACCUGGAACCUGCACAUCAAGCAGGUCACCGAGGACGACCGGGGCGGGUACAUGUGCCAGCUCAACACCGACCCGAUGAAGAGUCAGCUCGGCUAUCUGGACGUGGUGAUUCCGCCGGAUUUCAUCACGGAAGACACCUCCUCGGACGUGAUCGUUCCCGAGGGCAGCUCCGUGAAGCUCACCUGCAGAGCCAAAGGAUAUCCGGAACCGGUUGUAACGUGGCGCCGGGAGGACACCACGGAAAUCGUCCUCAAGGAUGCGGCCGGUACGAAGCAGUUGGUGAACUCGUACCGCGGUGAGGUGCUCAAACUGACCAAGAUUUCACGCAGCGAGAUGGGCUCGUACCUGUGCAUCGCGUCCAACGGCGUUCCACCCUCGGUGUCCAAGCGGAUAUCGCUGAGUAUUCACUUCCACCCCGUGAUCCAGGUCCCCAAUCAACUGGUUGGCGCGCCCCUCGGCACGGACGUGUCCAUCGAGUGCCAGGUCGAAGCCUCGCCCAAAUCCAUCAACUACUGGGUUAAGGACACCGGAGAAAUGAUUGUGUCCUCGCCCAAGUACCACGUCCAGGACACGCCCAAGUCGAUGUACGAAACCAAGAUGUCGCUGACGGUGCGAUCGUUCCAGAAGGAGGACGUCGGAUCGUACCGGUGCAUCGCGAAGAACUCGCUCGGGGAGGUUGACAGUAGCAUCCGGUUGUAUGAAAUCCCAGGCCCGAACCGCAAGGUGUACGCUCCCAAGUACGGCACCGACCAGAACGACAUCGUCAAGCCCGGCCAGGAGCGCACCUCCGGCAAGUCCAAACUGUCCUAUCCGCCGGACGACGAGGAGCAGCAGUACGGCGGCGGGUCGGCCGAGGACUUUGACGAGAUCAUCGACACGAUGCAGCACCAGCACGGCCACAGUCACAGCCACAGCCAGAAACCGACGGCCCGGUCACCGUUCGGGUCGUUGGACCAUCCGAACAGCAUCAACGGACGGGGAGGUGGGUCCGCGAAUGGCCACAAUGGUGGAGGGUCCAGUAGUAAUGGUGGCAACAAUAAAAAUCUGAUAGCGAUGAUGAACAAUGACAUGGGCACGAGAAAGCCGUUUGUCAUUCCGCCGGGAGGUCGAGGGCCGGCCGGGGAUGGGAGUUUGGAGGGGAGCGGGGCGGGUCGACCGGGGAGUCAGGUUUACCUGGCGCUGGUUCUGGUUCUGGUGGUCGGUAGUUGCUGGGCCGCGAUGGACCAUCGCCUGCGGCGACAUUAGUGGCGGAUUAUUUGGGGACUGCGGCAGUGCCAGCUGCUCUCUUAGAAAUCUCGUGCAGGUUAUAGCAACGCAAAACGGUGGUCAGUUCUCUGGGAAGUCGGCAGUGUAACAGUUUCAAACAAAAUCAAGUUUUUUUAGACAUUCUUUCAGUGUGAUUUUUUUAAACCGUGAGCUUUAUUGAUUUACUCUCGUCAGUAAAAUAUAUUUUUCAGUGCUCCGUAAAAAAAAAGUUUUACGCAAAAUGUUGCCAGUCUUAGUUUUCAAAAAUUUCUAACUGGAGAUCAGAAUCUGUAAAUAUGAAAAUAAAAUAUCGGUGAAAAUUGUUUUUUCAAAAUAUUAAGGUUUUUGAAUUUCAGUACGGAUUUUUAAUUAAAAUGGCCUAUAAGGAUCGAUCUUAAAAAAUAUUUCUAAAAGUAAAUUGUAGAGAAAUCUCUUACCUUUAAAACGCCUUUUUGGGUUUGUAAAUCCGUUUUGAUUGUCAAAAGAUAUUUCACAUAAAAGACAACAAUAUUUUGACUGAUUUUUGAGUGACAAAGAUGGCCCCAGAGAUUCAAGGUCAAGUGAAAGUUCGCUGCUCGAUUACUCUACAACUAUAAAAAACAUAUAUUUUUUAAAGGUCGAUCCACAUAAGGCCAUAUCAAUUAAAAAUCCGUACCAAAAACCUUUAAAUUUAAAAAACGCGAUUUUCACAGAUAGAAUAUUUUCAUAUUUAGUGAUUCUGAUUAAAGCCGGAAAAAACACAACUUUCUAAGUAUAAAUCUCCGAUGGGGUAUCUUGGUUUAUAAUAUUUUGUUCCAGCCACGCCGUGUGGAUGUUUCAGGCUUUUCUGAAAGACACUCAACUCCCGGUGGUUGGUCACUUUUUUCGUUUGACACUUUUUUAGUUUGAACCCCGUUGGUUGGUCAAAGUCAAACUAAAAAGUGACGAACUGUCACUUUUUACAUGGCGCUCACACACACUAUCAAAACAAACGUUUGAUAGUGUAUGUGAACUCCGUAUAAAGUGACCCCGUUCGUUCGACAACAGUUGGUGUCAAACCAUCGGGGUUUGAGUGUACACGAUUUUGA